CAAGAGCUUCGGGACAAAACGUACGCGCAUGAAGCGCCGGGCCACGAAAGAGCCGCAGCACAAAAUUCCUGGUUGGUUGGUGACUGCGUGCGAUAGCGCUGCCGAAAGAGCCGAGGGCGACACUCCCGCAGGGGCAGCCAACAAACUGGUGCAGGCCUACAGCUGCCCGCUGCUCUAUCGCACGCCGAAAUCUGCGCGGUGGUGGGCCAGGAGGCAGAAAGUCCGACUGACCCACCUGGAGCUGCUGGAAAUUAUCGAAGAGGUUACGUCGGCCAAUGCGUACGCGUUCCACCGCCGGCUAAAGGACCGUGUGCAUGGCAUUGGCAAGGGUGCGCGCUUGUUGCGGCAGACGACGCAGGACGAGUGCCGAACGCGCGCCGUGCAGCUGGCGCACGCGCUCCUGCGCAAGGCGCAGACCGACAUCAUCGGAAAGGCCAGGAACCGCUGGAAAGAUGUGGAGGUCCGCGUCGACCGCCUCAAGGCGAGCCUCGAGGCGAAAAAGGGCGUCAAAGGCCGCAGCACCUUCGACUACGACAGUCCCGCGGCCACAAACAUGAUCCGCCGCGGCGAGUUCAAAGGGCUGCGCGUGGGCGGCUGCAGCUUCGGCAGCGGUAAGGACAUGAUGCGCGCGGUCGUCGCGCAUGCCAACGGCGUCGGUAUCAGUGAAGUGGACGGCUACUACGCGGUGGUGAGCGUCGACGCCGGCCAGGUGCAGGAAGGGGAGACUGGGACGACGAUGGCUUGUCGUAUGGAAGACAUCGCCGUGCCGGGCGCCUUGAGGGACGACUUUAUCGGCACGCUCCAGCAACGUUGUGACAGCGUCGCGCAGACGAAAAUCGGGCAUGGCGUCCUCGUCGCAGCUGCAUCGGCCACGUGCACGGAGUUUUUCAACUUGCGUGCGGCCUUGGAAAACCGCCUCCCGACCCAGAUCAAGCUGCUGGCCCGUAUUUUCCGGGAUGAAAAGUUCUCCGGGUACGAUGGCAUUGGGGCGCGCUGGGGUAGCAUGUUGCCCCAGGCCCGAGACGCGUUCAUCUGUGUGGAAAUCAAAUUUCAGGCACCCCACGCCAUCGACGUGAGUACGGCGUCUGCUCGAUGGCGUGGAGGCCGACGACUUCAGGUGAAGCAACCUAACUCAGUCUAUGAUUUCCACACAGGCGUUCAUCGCGAAGAUGGAGCGCGAUUACAAUGCGUCGGAGGCAAAAAAGAAUGCGACGUCGUUCCAUCUCGCGAACGUCGAAAUGUCUCGAGACCCUUCGGUCCAGUCGGCGUUCGGAGAGGGUCGGAAUUGGCGUUCGGACCGGCCGACGCCGAUGGUCCACGAGUUUACGCAAUCGAUGCAUCUAUAUUUUAAGAAGUUUGGAAUCCUGCCGGACGGCUGCAAGUUGGUGAUCGUCAAGGGCCGCUACUUCUACCAAGAAGAGACGAUGCUGCCCGGUCUGGAGCUGCUGCCGCGGGACGCAGUGCGGACAAAACGGUACUAUGGCCUGCGGGAGGGGCAGCAACCGAACGGCAUGGUCGGGCGCGGUGCCGGUGCACAGGUCAUCGAGUGCGGCGUGCAUCAACUCCUCUUGCUGCAGGAGCGGGCCGACGUGUUGUUCACCGCUGACGUUGUCGAGUACUUUAAGAAAGAACAAGCCGAGUAUCAGGAACGGCAUAGCAAUGGCAGCAAGAGACGCGGCGAUUACCCGCCCCACGACUCGCUCGUCGACUGCACGAUGAGGAUGCCGGUGCGCCUCGUGCAGUUCGACUAGUCUGGGCCUUAGUUUAAGUUGUAG